AUGGACAAUCGUUCAGGCGCCAUUUCAACGCCGAACGAUUCGUCCGUCUCCUCACUCCGAAACACGGCCAACAGCGGCAAACCUCAGACUACUUCGACCCUCCCCGCUCCUCCAUCUGGCUAUCCUUCUGUGCAGAAUGUCCCUACCUCCAUGAUGGAUGUCGAUAACCCUACACUGGUGGAGGAUCGUUCACGUCGAGCUACUAGUGUUCUCUCCAUGGAUGAUAUUGAGGCGGCGCAGGCCCUGGAGGGGCUCCGUACAGAGUACGGUCAACCUCCUCGAAACGUGUCGCAACAAACCUCCAGCCCCGACUCCAAACCGCAACCCGAACCCCUCUUAUCAUUGCUGACCUCAACCCAUCCUCUGAUAUCCUCCGCGAUCAACGGAUCCGUCUCGGCAUACACCAGCUCGAAAUCAUACUCGCCUCGUUUCAAAUCGGGAGCCGAGUUCCUCGAACGCAACAUUGGCUCCCCCGUCGCCAAUACGGUUGGUACGGUUGGCCGCAAAACCGGAGUCGAGAGCGGCCUUCGAUGGGCGCUGCAGCGUCGUGGAUCCGGCCCAACUGAUCCCAAACGGUCUAAGCGUCGCAAAGUGAGCGGGGACAAACAUCCAACCGAAGUAGACUUGGAGAAGGGCUCUGACGAAACAUUGUCGUCUCGCCGCGGGCGUAGCUCCUCCGACCUGUCGAUGGGUGAGCCUCUCCCGCCAUAUGACGACCAGACGUCGCCCAGCUACGAGGAGGUUGGUCGGCAAAACUCUUCGCGACCUAACCCCACGUGGCAAAGUCGAUUGGUGAUCUCCACCUCGGGAUUGGGUGUCGCCAUGAGCGAGGAGUCCCUCCGCAGCUUGCAGUAUUGUUUGACCUGGUUGCGAUGGGCAAACGGACGGCUGGGCAAAGCCAUCGUGGCCUUGCAGGGUGCCCUGAAGGAAUGGGACAAUGCCAAGAAGGAUAAUGAUCCUAACCAGGACACCUCCUUGCUGUCCCAGCGUAUCCAGGCCGUCCGGGAGGACGUCUUGUCGACCUUGAAGCAGGUUGUAGAUGUUGUCUCCAAGUAUGCUGGGGGUGCACUGCCAGAAAAUGCCCGGAACCUGGUUCGCCGACACCUCACUUCCUUGCCGCAUCGAUUCCAGGUAGCUUCGACGUCGAACCCUCCACCCGACUCGAGUGCGGCAUCCUCUGAUGCCACGAUUAACGCUCAUCGCAUCUUGGUUCUGGCACAGGAAGGUCUAGACAUGAUGGCGCAAGUGAGUGGAGUGGUGAAUGACACCCUCGUCAGCGCUGAGCUUUGGUGCGAGCGGCUGGGCAAGAAGCGGCCCGACAGCAAGCCCCAGAGCGCAGCUCAACCGCCCGAGUCGCACAAUGCGUCGUUUCCGCCUGAUGUGAAGCAGCCUAUCCGCGAACCUUCCCAAGAUGUUCCAAUGACCGGGACAGAGGAGAAGGUAUAG